AUGCUUAAUCGUGCUGCCAUUGUGUUAGGCUGCUGUACAAAGACUGCUGGACAUAGUACGGAUACAGACGUUAUGAGCGUUACACUACACUUGAGAGCUGAGACCAAACCAUUGGAGGCUCGUGCUGCUUUGACUCCAAAGAGCGUGAAGGAGCUUAUCUCGAAGGGAUUCAAAAUUUACGUCGAGGAGAGCUCGCAAAGUGCUUUCAAGAGCGAGGAAUAUCGCAAAGCUGGAGCUACAAUAGUUCCUGAGGGCUCUUGGGUGGAUGCUCCUCGUGAUAGAAUCAUUAUUGGUUUGAAGGAAAUGCCUGAGACAGACACUUUCCCAUUGGUUCAUGAGCACAUUCAAUUUGCCCAUUGUUUCAAGGAUCAGGCUGGAUGGCAGGAUGUGUUGAAGAGGUUUAUCAACGGCAAGGGAACUCUGUAUGAUCUGGAGUUCUUAGAGAAUGACCAGGGGAGAAGAGUUGCGGCUUUUGGCUUCUACGCGGGCUUCGCUGGCGCUGCAUUGGGUCUCAGGGACUGGGCCUUCAAGCAGACUCAUGCCGAUUCUGAGGACCUUCCUGCUGUAUCUCCUUACAAGGAUGAACAGGCCUUAGUUAAAGAUGUCGUGAAGGACUACCAAAAGGCUUUGAAGAGAGGCGCCAGAAAGCCAAAAGUCUUGAUCAUCGGUGCUCUGGGUAGAUGUGGUUCGGGUGCGAUUGAUCUGCUGCAUAAGGUCGGUGUGCCAGACGAAAACAUUUUGAAGUGGGAUAUCAAAGAAACUUCCCGCGGCGGUCCAUUCAAGGAAAUUGCCCAGGCCGACAUUUUCAUUAACUGUAUCUAUUUGUCGAAGCCAAUUCCACCAUUCAUCAACUACGACCUGCUGAAUAGAGAUGACAGAAGAUUAAGGACGGUGGUCGAUGUUUCUGCUGAUACUACUAAUCCUCACAACCCGGUACCGAUUUACAACAUCGCUACUGUGUUCAAUAAACCAACUGUUUUGGUCCCUACAACGGCUGGUCCGAAGUUAUCGGUAAUAUCCAUUGACCAUCUCCCUUCGCUUCUGCCAAGAGAAGCUUCUGAGUUUUUUGCUCACGACCUGCUUCCUUCCUUGGAGCAGCUGCCACAGAGAAACACCGCACCUGUUUGGGUUAAGGCCAAGAAAUUGUUUGAGAAACACUCCAACAGAGCCAGACGGUCAUCCAAGCUAUAA